CCAAGAUGAACUGGCUCUCCAUGUUCAUUCUACUUGCUGUAACUGCCAUGGCCGCCAGCCAUGGCCAGCGUUGGUUCCAUAAGUUUCACAGAAACCCAGCUUCUGACGAAGUUCAUGGAGAUGUUUGGACCCAGGAAAGACCCUUCGAGGAUGUGGAUUCAGAUGAAAUUUUCUUAAGGAAUUGGGCGCAGGGCCGUCGCCGUCAUGGAAGGCACGGAAGAGAAAGAAUUCGAACUUUGGAUUUUUGAGUUUAACUUUUUUAAGAAAUAAAUAAUUUAUC